UGCUGUGGAACGUUCGUAGAGUACGCUGUCUUCCUGGUCCUGAGUUGUGCGGGAACUUUAGAGUUGGAGACAAUUUGAGCCAGCGUUAUACCAACAUUAUUUAUAAAACAUAGCUUAAAGGUCAGUCGUUCAGAUGCCUCCUAAGGCCAAGGCCGGAGCUAGAGCACCUGCCAAAAGGAAACUGGCGGAGGAAUUCCCACCUGGGGAGAUCUUGACUGACAGUCACAAGAAAUGCUGGAAACUCGGCACUCCUAUUGGUCAAGGGGGGUUUGGUCUACUUUACCUAGCAAAUGAAGAGACUGCACAGUCUGUGGGACCAGAGGCACCCUAUGUCAUCAAAGUGGAGCCAAGUGAAAAUGGUCCUCUCUUCUGUGAGCUGAAGUUUUACCAGAGGGCAGCCAGGCCUGAUCUAAUUCAGUCCUGGAUGAAGUCACACAAGCAGAAGCAUCUAGGAGUUCCAAGAUACUGGGGAUCUGGGCUUCAUAAUAGAGGCGGAAAAGGUUACAGAUUCAUGGUCAUGGACAGAUUUGGAACGGACCUGCAGAAGAAAUUUGAAGAGAACGGCAAGAAGUUUCCACGCAAGGUGGUUCUGCAGCUGGGCCUGCAUCUUUUGGAUGUUCUGGAGUACAUUCAUGAGCACGAGUAUGUGCACGCCGACAUCAAGGCCUCCAACCUGCUACUGAGCCACACAGACCCCAAUCAGGUGUUUUUGGUGGACUAUGGGCUGGCAUACCGGUACGCACCUGAAGGUAAGCCAAAGGACUAUAAAGAAGAUCCAAAGCGAUGCCACGAUGGAACCAUCGAGUUCACCAGUAUCGACGCCCACAAAGGAGUGUCUCCCGCCAGAAGAGGGGACCUGGAGAUCUUGGGCUACUGCAUGGUGCAGUGGCUGUGCGGACGACUGCCUUGGGAGGAUAAGCUGCAGGACGCCGACUACGUCAGGGACUCGAAAGUCAAGUGCAGAGACAAUAUUGGGGAGUUCAUGAAGAAGUGCUUCCCGUCAGAGCCUGAGCCAGAGGAAAUGGUGAAGUACAUGGAGGAGGUCAAGACGCUGGGAUACAGUGAUAAGCCACCAUACCAGAAGCUGCGGACCAUUCUACAGUCCGCUCUGACAUCCCUCGGUGCAUCUGCGGACAACAAGCUGGACUUCUCCAUGACUACCAAUGGUGUCAGCUCUCCAAAAGCUAAGACUACUAAGAGAAAGAAGGCAGCGGCUAGUGACGAGCCUGACGGCAGCCCAGUGAAAAAGAGGCGUGCCCCGCCAAAGAAAGCGACCAAUAGAGUGAAGAAAACCGCAAGUCCCAAAAAGCGGUUGGUGGACACAGCAUCACAAACUUCUCCAAUGCCUGAGGUCAAGAAGCCACGAGGCCGAGCCAAGAAGGCCCCUUAACUUCGUAACCACUGUUACCUGAUGCUAGUCGCCCACUGUGUCUUACUCUUCUUGUCGACGGAUUAUUUGUGUUCAAUGUUGUAUAUUUUUUUAGUUUCUUAAAAACUGAGUAUUGUUUCUAUCGCUGUCAUUGUAAAAUAAUAAAUACUUUGGGGAGAAAAAAAAAAAA